CUGCUAUUUUUUCGGUCGUUUGUCAAUGAAAAUGGCGUGUUGACAUAUUUAGUUUGACAAUUUCUUAUUAUAAAAAAAAAAUACGGAGUGUAGGAUAUUAAAUCAUUUAAUUUUGUUAAUGAAGACUGCAUUAAAGAAUUCAUUUUUUCUAAAAUGUCGUCUAUCGCUGCUGGUGAUUCAGAGGAUUCGGUAAAUUGUGAUUGUCUUCAAACUUCAAAACCCGGUCAAUCUUCAAAAAUUAAAGCAAAUUCUUCAGAAGAAGAUAAAUUAAGUGAAACUGAGAGCUUAAAAAUCCUUGAGAAAUUCAAAAGAAUUUAUGAGAAUCGUAUUGACGAUGUCGAUAAAAAUACUACAUUUACCGAAUUUGAUCGCAUUUCUACAAAAUUGAAAAUAAUGACUGAAUGGGUUGAUGAUUUAAAGGAGCAAAAUGUAAUGUUAGUACGUACAGUUGAGGAUCUUGAGAAAGCAGCAGUUAAUAGAGUUAAACUUUUAGAAGAUAAAUUAUUGCAGUCAACUAAUUUAGUUUCGGAAAAUAUUGCACAAUGCGCCAAUUCAGGAGAGGCUUUAAAUACACUUUCGGAUCGAAUAUCUGAAUUAGAAAGAGAUGAAUAUCUUCAAAAUAAAAUUGAAUAUCUUCAAAAUGAUAUUAGUGGCUUAUUAGAAUUGAUUAGACGAGCUCAUGAAAAUAGUUGUUGGAAUCAAGAUGGCAUAACAUUUUAUGAAAUUAAGCCCGAAGACAUACCAGUUCCUUUUGAUUGCACCUGUAACGAGGAAAUGGAAAGUGCUAAGAAUGAAGAAUAUAAUAACGUCUUGAAAACAAUGCAAGAUAAUGAAAAAUUAUUGCUCGAGAAAGUAUCGAUGUUGGAGCAACAAGUGUCAGAGCAAAACAAAAUUAUUUUGCAAAAAGACGAGAUUUACAAAAAGUUUCAAUACAAAGUCCAAACAUUAAGAGAUAAUCUUAAAGAAAAAUCUAUCAAUACUAUUCACGAUACUACUGAGAACCUUGACUUUGACAUUGUGCAAGUGGCUGAGUUUUUGGAAAGUGCAAUUGUUGCCAAAGAUUUAAAAAUCAAAAAUCUCCACGAAAGUCUAGAGGAGUCGAAUGCUAAAUUAGAAAAGCUUUUGCAUGAGAAUGACAAGUGUGAGGCAAAAAAUAAACAAAUUCAAGAACUUGAAAUUCAACUCACGGCUCUUCAAAAAGAAUCAUUGGAAUCGAAAGAAGCUUUGGCCUCAGAAGUAGCAGAAAAAUACGACCAAGUGAUUGUUCUGCGACGAGAAAUCCAGGAAUUGGAAGAUAAAUGUCAUCAUUUAAGUAUGCAGACACAAUUCAAGGAGGACAUAAUUAAAGAUUUGCGAAAAGAAUUGAAACAAAUUUCACAAAAAGACGUCUCUCAUUCAAAACAUGUUCGAAUAAAUCAAGAACCUGCUUCUGAAAUUGUUAGCGAAGAUUUUUCUUCUCACAAGAAUGAAGUAGUGAUGUAUUUGUCGAAAACAAAACAAAUGAUGGAAAAGGAAAAAGAAGCUUUAUCAAUUUUAAAAGAAGAGAUUGAAAAAAUGACAACGGAAUUACGUUAUAAACAAGAAUUUAGAGAAGAUUUUCCACAUCUCUAUAGAAAGCUGCACGAGAUGGAUAGUUUAUUGAAAACCUUCAAAGCACAAGUAAUGGAGAAUAACGGUUCCGUUGAAAAAAUGCAAACUUUUUUUACUGAUAUUGAGGGAAACAUGGCUUCGCUUCUCAAUAUUCUAAAAAACAUUCACGAGGAUUCUGAUGACAAAUCCCAUAUAACAUUGGAAGAAAUAAUCAAUCGAUUAUGCAGUGUGACUAAUAAAAUUUCGAAAAUUUGUUUCGAAAAAGAGGAAACGUUUGAAGAUUUUUCCAUGAAGAAAGAAACAAAAUCUUCCGAAAAUAGUUGCAAUGAUCCAAGCCAUGAAUUGGCAAUCAAAACAUUUCUCCAGCAGUUCAAAAGAAUGGAAGAAUUUAGAAUUUGUGCCGUUGAAGCUCAGGCAGCUACUGAAGAUUUACGGGAAGAAAUGGAAAAUGUUGUUUCUAAUUUUACUUGUCGUCAUGAAAAGUAUUGUGAACUAAAUAAAUUGACAGCUGAAGUACAAAAUUACCUAACAACAUCAAGAGAAAAAAUUUCCAAGACAAUAAGUCAAUUAAAAUUACAGGAAGAGGAAAGAAUGAGGUACAAUAAGAGAAUUUCAUCUGGAAACGAUAAAUUGAAGGAUAUGAAAAAUGAUAUCAAUCUAGCUCGAGUGCAUUUUUCUCAAUAUAUUGUCAGUAUGCAGGAAAAUAAUCAGGAGCUUGGAAAUAUUGAUUCAACUCAAAAUUAUUCUUCAAGUGACGUUCUCAAUAUUGUUGCGGAGGAAGUUGAACAAAUUGUAUCAAAUUUACAAACCGUUCAGGAAAAGGAAUGUUGUACAGUAUCAUUGUUAUCAGAAUUAAAUAUGCAGCUCUUGACUGUCGAUAAUAAUUUAGAAAAAUUGUAUAAUAGAAGUCAAGAAAUUCUGAAAACGAAUGAAGUGAAUCAGAAAAUAUUUGAAGAGAAGGAAAAGUCUGUAGAAAAAUCUGAAAAAGAACUUGAUUAUGCUCAUACAAAUAUGCAAGAUGCCUUGGAAGAAAUUUCUGCUGCGAUGGAUGAGAUCAAUGAAUUAGAUGCAGUAAAGGAUAAUCAUAUUAUAAAUCAGGAUGUUAACGAAAUUUUAAAAGUAAAAGAUGAAUAUCAUAAAUUAAGAAGAGAAUAUGAAAAUUUGCGGAUAAAAAUGGUCGAGUACUCCUACAAAAAAGAAGUAGACGAAUCUGUAAAUGAGUGUAAAUGUCAAAUCACUAAUUUAUUGGGCCAAAUACGGUUUCUUCAAAAUGAGUUGAAAAUUGGUCAAGAUGCAAAUUCCAUUUUAGAAAGUCAUAUUCAAGUAUUAGAACAGGAAUUGAAAGGAGAGAAUAAGAAAUCAGAAGAUACGAGGCGAAGUUUUUCAAAAGAAUGUAUGCAAUUUAAGAGAAAAAUCUCCGAAUUAGAAAGCACACUAUGGAAACAAAAGGAAAUAGAAUCAAAUCUUCGAAGAAGUUUAGCUUCCAGUGAAAUAGAACUGAAAAAUUCGAAAGAGAUGCUCAAUUCGUUUCAAACAAAUUCUGAGGGUGCAUUAUCAACAUUGGGAACAAGUGGAGUCAAUUCCGAAAAUUGUUUCGCCGAAUUGGAAAAAUUGAAACACGCUUUAUUCACAAAGGAAAAAAUGUUGAAAGACAAGGAGGAAAUAAUCACAAUUCAACAAGACUCAAUAAUUCUAUCUCAAAAUGAAGUGAAAGAUUUGCAUGAGAAAUUACAAGAGAAGAUAGAUGCACAAAAUAAUGUCAUCGCUCAUUUGGAUAAGGAGAAUAAACAGCUGCAAAAUAAGAUUGAGCUUCAAAUACAAACGAUCGGUCACUUGCAAAAUGCCGUGGUUCAAACGAAAAGAUGUUUGGACCAAAUGGGGCAGAAAUUUGUGAGCGAUGUGAGUGAUUUAUGGUCUUCAGUCUCGCCUUCAGUAUUCAAUCAUGGGAAUGUGCACGAUGUUUAACAAAAUGAGAUAGUGAGUGUUGUUUUACUAAAAAAAAAAAAACAAAUCGUUCGACAGCUGCGAAAAAAUAUUUCUGAUGUCUCUCAGUUUAAAAAAAAAAUAA